UUCGCAGCCGGCAGGUGCGUUUCACGCUCGAUGCCUGAUUAAUCGCGGCUUUCAGUGAUUAAUUAUGGACGGCGCGACGUGUCGUCGAAUUCGCUCGAUUACACGCGUAAUUUCGGAACGUACUCGGCGCCCGGGACGCAGAUGCCGAUCAUUAUAACGCGUCGUCUUGCCGAACCUCUUCGCCGCUAUUUUGUCGUCGCGUUCACGGAAUUUCCUUCGCGAGAUUUGACGCGACGGGUCCUCGUGAUCGGAGGAAAUCGUUGUUUCGGUGUUACUUCGAUGUUUCGGCCAGCUUGCGACGAUAUCACGAGGAACGCUUUCAUCUUUAUUCGACUCGUAUCGGUUAGGAUCGAUCCUUAUAGAUCCAUUUAGAUCGAGGAUACGAUGGUUUAGAAGUGGAACGACGAGUUCAGCGAAGAUCUUCGAACUUCCUCGCGUAUCAGCAGUGACACUAGCUGCUGUGCAUCGAGCGUAACAGAAUCGUUGAUAAUAAGAAACAACGUGUCCGAAAGUUCUGAACAAAAGGACCGCCAGGGAUCUUGUAGCAGGAAGCCUAUCGAUCAAGACGGAUCGGUGCUGAUCGCCGAAUCGAACGCACAGCGGUCGAAGGAGCCGGCGCGAUUCGCGGUUGCGCGGCUGAUCGGAUCCCGUGGAAAUCGAAUCGACGAUGCAUCCGAUUUGGCUGUUGAUGAUCCUGUUCCGGGUGUCGAGCGGCUUCACCGGCAGGGGACUGCAUUAUCCGGGCCGAUCGGAUUUGUUCGAGCUGUCGGUGAUACACUUAAACGAUUUCCACGCGAGGUUCGAGGAGACGAUCCAUAGAUCGAGCGAGCAUUACACGGAGGAGGAGACCGUGGCGGUCGGCGGGAUCGCGCGGGUUUCGACCGUCGUGAAUCGAUUGAUCGAGGAAAGGCCGAACCCGAUUUUCCUGAACGCUGGGGACAAUUUCCAGGGGACGAUAUGGUACAACGUUCAUCGCUGGAACGUGACGGCCACGUUCAUGAACAUGCUGCCGCACGACGUUCUGACGUUGGGAAACCACGAAUUCGACGACGGUGUCGACGGUGUGGUGCCGUUUUUGAAAAAUCUCGAGGCACCUGUGGCCGUGGCUAACAUCGACGCCGGCUUGGAGCCGUCGAUGCAGGGUCUGUACAAGAACAGCACGGUGAUCGUGAGGAAUGGUACCAAGAUCGGGGUCAUCGGAGUCAUUUUAUCGACCACGAGCACAAUUGCCGUUACCGGGAGAUUGAAGUUCCUCGACGAGGUGGAAACGGUGAACGCCGAGGCGAGCCGAUUGAAGUCCCGGGGGGUGGACAUUAUCGUCGUUUUAAGUCACUGCGGCCUGGACGUGGACAGGAUAAUGGCCCGCAAGUGUCCAUUAAUCGACCUGAUCGUCGGCGGACACUCGCACACGCUCCUCUACUCAGGACAGCUUCCAAACAACGAUCAACCCGAGGACGUUUAUCCUGUGGUGGUCACUCAAGCGAAGACGAACAGAACGGUGCUGAUCGUGCAGGCGGCCGCGUUCACAAGGUAUCUGGGGAACUUGACGGUGUGGUUCGACGAGCACGGCGAGGUGGCUGAUUGGGACGGUAACCCGAUUUUUCUCGACAGCUCCGUCGAGCAAGAUCCUGCGAUGGUGAAGGCCCUGGAGCCCUGGAAAGCAACGGUGGACGAGGCAGCGAAAAGGAAGAUCGCUAAAUCGAGGGUUUAUCUCGACAGUAGAUGUCGAAGACAAGAGUGCAACCUUGGCAAUUUGAUCACCGAUGCGAUGGUGGCCGGGUAUGCGGGGAAAGCGAAGAACAGGACUUUUUGGACGCAUGCGGCCGUGGCGUGCAUGAAUCCAGGAGGAAUACGCGCUCCUAUCGAAACGGGGGAGAUCACUUUCAGCGAUUUAAUAAUGGCCCAGCCCUUCGAGAACACGUGGGACACUAUCGAGCUGAAAGGAAGUUGCAUCAUGGAUAUACUGAAUUCGAAUGGAAUACUCGUGUGGUCCGGUCUGAAGCUCACGUACAAGAUGACUGGAGGUACCAGAAAAGUGUCGGAAGUCUUAGUAAGGUGUCAAGCUUGCGAAAUGCCAAUGUUCGAAAAACUGGUGGAAGAUCGAUGGUACAGGCUGGUGGUUCCAACGUUUUUGAUCGGUGCAGGCGAUGGAUACACUCCGUUCAAAACGUGCGGCCGGUAUCACGAAGUCGGGGAAGUCGACACCGAUGUAUUAAUUAGAUAUAUGCGGAAGAUCAGUCCGAUCACUGUCGGACUGGACCGUAGACUCGUUUUCAUAGACGACAAUUCGGUGUGAUCGAUCGAUUCUUUAGCAUUUAUCAUUGCGUAAAGUUCAUUUUGUACAUCGUACGCUCGGCGAUCGAAUAGUUUUACACCUGUUAACUGUGCGAUCGAUUGUUAAGCCCAUUUUUGCAAGCUCUACCUACUUCCUCAUCUUUUAUAUAGUCGUUCGUAAGUUGCACUCAUUUGUAAGUUAUACCCGUUUGUAAGUUGUACCCGUUUGAAAGUUGUACCCGUUUGUAAGUUGUACCUAUUUGUAAGUUGUACUCGUUUCAAUAGUAAUACAAAUCGAUCUCUUACCUGUAAACUCAUUCACCGCAUCCCAUUAAACGAAGAAUUUAAAGA